AUGAAUUUUUCUGUGAUGAAAGAGGAAACAGAAAUUGUAGAUAUAACUAAGAAAAGAACAGUGAAUAAAUAUAGGAAUCUUUUCAUUUUUUGGUUUAUUGUUCUCAUAUUAUAUGGAGGAAUUUUAAUUUCCAUCAAUUCUAUAAAUAAAUCAUCAAAAGAAUAGAAAAUAAUUUAAGAGAAUUAGAAGAAAAUUAAUAAUAAAAGUAAAUAAAGUUUUAUUAAAGUAUAAAACGAGUAGUAUAAUAUCAAAGAAUUUAAAUAUGGCGAUAAGAACAUGAAUAAUAUUUAGAAUUAAUAUAAUAAAUUAUCAGAUGAAUAAAAGAAUAAAGAAUAAUAUUAAAGGAUGAACUAAUUAAAUAAAAAUACUGAAAUUGAUUCUUAAGUAUAAAAUGGUUAAAAGAAUGAAAAUGAGCAUCUUUUAUAAGGAGAUAACCAUGAUAAAAUUGAAGUAAAAAGGAAUGAUUAAAUGCUAUGUUAGAAAGGAUAUUAUAUGGAUAAAAAUUAAAAAGAAUGUUAGCAUUGUGAGGAGAAAUGCUCUGAAUGUUUGCAUAUAAGUGGAACUUGUUAUAGGUGUCAUGAUGAAGUAAUUAUUAAAUUAAUACUAAGUAUUAUCUCAAUAAUUAUGGAAAAUGUAUUUAAAAUUGUGAAUAGAUUCAAUUUAAUUCAUUGAUUACAGAUGAUAAUAAAAAUGAGACAAUCCCAUUUUGUAUUGGAAAAGAUCAUAAUACUUCUUUAUACAUGGGAGUUUAGAAAUCUUAAAGUACUCAUUUUGUGAUGCCUUAUUUGAUAAUACAUCCUGCAUCAACUAUUUUUUAGGUUUAUCAUAACAAUUAUCCAAUUGUUUAUUAUUUUAAUAAAGAUCUGUUCCAUUUUGGGGAUAAUAUUAAAUUAUAUGAUAUCCUUUAGGAAGCUCAAGACAGAUUAUUGAUUGUUGUUAUUUUAGCUUGCCAUACUUUAUAUGAUUUUCCUUUAUUCAACACUUUUUUGUUUUAAAAUGCUAUUUAAAAUAUUGAAUAAAUUAUAAAAGCUAAUAACACUACUUUUCGAUCAUAUUUUGGAUAAGAUUACAAUGGAUAUGGAGUUAUUAGACAAUAUAUUUCUUAAAAUAAGAAAAAUACUGUAGAUCUAAUAAUAUCUGAUGAUCCUUCUAAAAUACCAUAGUAUUUUUAUUAAUAAUAAAUUUAGAGAAGAAAUAGAGCAAAACUAAUUAAUAACUCAAGAAACAUAAUGGACUUAUGAUAAUUUCUAAGUUUUAUACAAUUUUAAACCUGAAAAAACUAUUAUAUUAAUAUAAUACACAAUCAAGAAUAAUGAACAAGAUAACUACUGCGAUUAAUUAUAUUAUGUUUCAUUUGUAUUGUGUCAAAUUAGAGAAAUUUAGAUAAAUCGUUUACAAUUAAUGAAAUAAAACUUUGAAUUUAUAUCAUAAUUUGUCGUUUAAUUUAAAUUAGAAUGA